AUGAGCAGCUGGUUCAAUAAACCGGAUCCCAAAGCGCAAAUGCGCGAGAACAACAAGAACAUUCGCAAAGCUAAUCGCGAGUUGGAAAGUGACCGACGCGCUCUGGAACGAAGAGAGAAGGAAUUGGAAAACGAAAUCAAAAAACUAGCCAAACAAGGUCAAAAGGAGGCAUGCGCUGUGCUUGCUAAGCAACUUGUCCAAUUGCGCCACCAAAAGACUAAGAGCAUUGGAAUGAGCUCAAGACUGACCGGUAUCGGAGCGCAGAACAAUCAUCUAUACAGUAUGAACAAAAUGUCUGAGGUUAUGGGUAGUACUGUAAACACCAUGAAAACUAUGGAAAAGCAGAUGCCCGCAGAGCGGUUGGCUAAGAACAUGCGAGAAUUCCAAAUAGCACAGGAACGCCUUGGACUGUCCGAAGAGAUGAUGAACGAUGCUUUGGAGAAUAUCUUGGAUGAAUCCGGAGACGAAGAGGAGCAGAACGCCAUCGUAAACCAGGUCUUGGACGAAAUUGGUAUCGAAUACCAAAGCAAGCUUGCCAAUGUGCCAAAGGUGCCCACUUCUGUUGGUACCGCUGCGAAACCUAUGUCCGAUAAGGAUAUCGAAAAUAUGCUGGCACAGCUAAGAGACUAG